ACCUGAUUUCAUUUCACCCACGCAAAAGUUUCCCCUUUUCCUGUAAAACCCUAAUUCCCAAUUUCCUCAACGUUAGUCAAAACAACCUUAAUUUCCUUAACUAGGUUGUUUUGAAUGUAAAAAAAAAAAAAUGCCUCUCAAUUCGCCUGCCAUGACGCAGAAUGAGAGUGAGCUAGGUGAAAAUGAAUCUGAUCCAAGGUCACAGAUCACCAAAAUUACUAACCCUUCUGAAGAUUUUGAGAAAAAGGCUUCAAGCAAGAGACUGAAAGAUGUUGAAGUUUAUGUCCCAAUAGUCUAUGGAACAAUUGCAUUUUGGCUCGGCAGGAAAGCCACUGAAACUCAGUCGCAUAGGUGGACAAUAUAUGUUCGUGGGGCAACAAAUGAGGAUCUUAGUGGGGUUAUCAAGAAAGUUGUUUUUCAAUUGCAUCCAAGCUUUAAUAAUCCUGUGAGAGUGGUAGAAUCACCGCCCUUUGAGUUGUCAGAAUGUGGUUGGGGUGAAUUUGAAAUUGCGAUAUCCCUUCACUUCCACGAUGAUGUUGGUGAGAAGAAGUUGGAUUUGUAUCAUCAUUUGAAGUUAUAUGCAGAGAAUGAGCCUGGUCCCCAGUCAACAAAGAAACCUGUUGUUGUCGAAACCUACAAUGAGGUUGUUUUCCCCGAUCCUCCUGAGGAUUUCUUUUCUCGUAUCCAGAACCAUCCUGCAGUAGUCGUGCCACGGCUUCCUGCAACGUUUAAGUUGCCUCCUGCACCAAUUGAGGAUCUGCACGAGUCGAAGAGAGGUGAUACAAAAAGCCAUCCUCUUAGUCAGUGGUUCAUCAAUUUCUCUGAGGCCGAUGAACUCUUAAAACUCACAGCAGCUCGUCAGAGGGUGCAAGCUCACAUUGUUAAGCUGAGGAGGCAGUUGAGUGUGAUGGAUGAGCUACCCCCGACACUCAAACUGGAUUCUGAUUAGAGUAUGUACAUGAUUGGUCGGUCGCAUAAAGAACUUGUGAUGUUCUUUUGUACAUGUUGACAAGCUCAGUUAGUGGAAGUUCAUCUUCUUUCUCCAUCCGCGUCUCUUUGUUAAAAUCUCCACUUGAUCCCUCUACUACUCCCUACCCCACCCCGUUCCCCUCCUUUCAUUUCUAUCUCCUCCUUAUGCUGUGUAGGACAGGCUGUGCGAUGUUCUGGAUAACUUCUAAGGAUAUUUUCUAUAACAUCUAGCAUAGUUGUGUUAGUCUGGUGUCACUGUAAAGAAGAAUGUUAUCGCGUUUAUGGUUAAAAUCUUGAAUUGGUGCAACUGCUCCCCCAGUGAUAGGUUUUCACGCAAUGCUCAUCA